GCUUAAUGUUAAUGGCAGGGGAGAAGGCAGCGCAGAGAUUGAUGCAGAUGGAUUUUGCAUGCGAGGGGUGAAGGGUCAGGGUCAGAAUAACAAUCCUGCUCAGGAAGACUUAAGCAGCAGAUCAAUUGUGUGUUAGCACACGCCCUGAUCAAAGGUCCGGCUGGGUUGCGGUCAUGCAGCACCCCAAUUUUGAGACCCGCCACCCGCUCCAGACAGACGAGCAGCAGGAGACGGGCUUCGACCCGCUCAAUAACUUCAACAAGAACCAAAGCAGAGGCUCUCUUGACAGCAGCACUUACUCACAGUCCCAGUCAACCUUCCUCUCAUACAGGAAAGAAUGGGACGACUUGUUCCUCAACAGUAAUUACCUGGCCAGGAUCCGGCAGGCGGGCAUCAACGGCCUACUGAGGAGCAGCCGCUUUCGGAGCGUGUGCUGGAAGUUGUACCUGGAGGCUCUUCCCGAAGAUAAGGGUCAGUGGAUCAACAAGACCAAUGAGCUCCGGGCCCGGUAUGAGAAGAUCAAAGAGACGCAUAUCACUAACCCUCGUAAGGCUGCAGGCCAGCAGGACCUGGGGGUCAACAACCCGCUGUCCCAGGAUGAGGGGAGCCUGUGGAACAAGUUCUUCCAAGACAAAGAGCUGAAGGGGAUGAUCAAACAGGACGUGUUGAGAACGUUCCCGGAGAUCCGUUACUUCCAGAACGACGAUGUGCGGAUCAUGCUGACGGACAUCCUCUUCUGUUAUGCCAGAGAAAAUGAACAGUUGUUGUAUAAACAGGGGAUGCACGAGUUGCUGGCUCCCAUCGUGUUCGUGCUGCACUGUGACCAUCAAGCCUUCCAGCAUGCGAGCGAGACGGCCAGCCCCAGUGAGGAGAUGAAGUCUCUUCUGAACCCAGAGUAUCUCGAGCACGACGCCUAUGCCUUGUUCUCUCAUCUGAUGGAGACAGCAGAGCCAUGGUUCUCCAGCUACGAGAGGGAAGUGAGGAAGGGUAAGGAAGAGAUGUUGACCAGCAUCCCGUUCGCACGGCCCCAGGACGCGGGGCCAUCUGUUGCCAUAGUGACCAAAGUGAACCGCAUCCAGGACCAGCUGGUGAAGAAGCACGAUGUUGAACUGCACAUGCAUGUCAACCGGCUCGAGAUCGCCCCGCAGAUAUACGGCAUCCGGUGGGUACGUCUGCUUUUCGGCCGUGAGUUCCCGCUGCAGGACCUGCUGGUGGUGUGGGACGCCCUGUUUGCGGACAGCAUCACCCUGGACCUGGUGGACUACAUCUUUGUGGCCAUGCUGCUCUACAUCCGAGAUGCUCUCAUUGCGAGUAACUUCCAGACCUGCCUGGGCCUGCUAAUGCACUACCCUCCAUUAGGAGACAUCAACUCCCUGCUGCAAAAGGCUCUUUUCCUCCGAGAUCCCAAAAACUAUCCACGACCGGUUAAUUACCAGUUCCAGCAGAACCUGGAUUACUAUAAAACAAGGGGAGCAGACCUGAUGAACAAGACACGCUCUGGUUCCAGUUCCAAACCCGCACCCCUCAACAUCAACAAGGUGUCCAGCAGCCUGCUGAGCUUCGGCAGGAAGCUCAUCGCUCCGGCGAUAUCGAGCGGCUCCAGCGGCAUCUCGCCUAUCAACAGCGAGGUACACUCCUCUUCCUCCUCCACGUCAACUUCCCCCGCCUUGGCAUCCGCGCCCACCCUGCCUCACCCGCUUGCCGACCCCCUGUCAGGCCAGGCUGUGCCGCAGGCCCCGAGCCGCGUCCAGAACCAGCACUACCGUCUGCUCAAGUCCGAGAGCAUGCCUGUCCACCUCAGCAAAGAUGUAGUUUCAGGUGAGGUGUCUCAGGUUGCUCUCCCAGCCCAGACUCACACUGACACACAAGGCCAGAGCUCCAGGACGGUCAGCUCCUCUCCCAGCAUAGAAAGCCUCUCUGCUGGGCGGGCUCAAUACACCGCCUCCCCUACUCUCCCCCCCUCCAUCGGGAGUGAUGUAAGCACUUCAUCUCCGCCCCUCUCAGCCACCAAGAAAGACUCUUUCUUCAACAUCACUCGUUCUCGCUCCCACAGCAAGAGUAUGGGCAAGAAAGAGUCGGAGGAGGACCUGGAAGCCCAGGUAUCGUUCCUGCAGGGCCAGAUCAAUGACCUGGAGGCAAUGAGCAAAUACUGCGCCAAGAUGAUGAACUCUCACAUCUGUAAAAUCCAGGAAGUGAUUCUCCAAGAACACCUGGAGAAAGAGGACGAGGUUCUAGUUUCCCUGGCUGGACUCAAACAGAUCAAAGACAUCCUAAAGGGGUCGCUGCGCUUCAACCAAAGCCUGCUGGAGGCCGAGGAGAACGAGGAGAUCGCCAUCGCUGACGAUCACUACACCUCCACCGCAGCCGCCGCUGAAACCGCUCUGAACGCCAGCAAUCACCUCAGAGAACAAGAACAAGCAAACAGCGGGCCGAGCCGGGACUCUGAUCUGGACGGUAGCGUCAGCACGGAUGAGAAGGAGGAGGAGGAGCAGGCCAUGACCCCACCUGAGCAACAGAAAAAAGACACAGACCUUGCCAUCUCUCGUAUGCAGGCGGGGUCUUCCCUGGGCUCCGAGGGUAAGAACUGGGACGACUACAUCCUGGUGUGUCAGGACGGAGACCUGGCAGCCGCCGAGGGAGGAGCAGGAGGAGCAGGAGGAGCAGGAGGAGGGGCAGCCGAGCACACCCCUCCGAUAAGGCGGGGACGCGGCCUCGUGCGCCUGGAGCCGGAGGGUGCCGCAGGGAUCUUCCACGACCCGCUGACGGCCGGCACCUCGGGCUCUUCCAGCCCAGACGAGGGCUCCACCCACAGCAAGGACUCUGACUUCACCAUCGUCAACCCCAACGACCUGUGAACGAGCCGACCACCCCUCCCUCUGCUCCUCUUUAUCGCAUCCCACUCAUAGGGUGUGGUAAAAAAAAAAACUGACUUGGGAUCAGAGUGGAGUUGCUGUCAGCUCAAGAAUUGCACAUGUGGACUGUGACGCUUCCAGUCACCAAAACGUUAUACUCUGUCCUUUACCUGUGCCACUUCAGUCCUGUCUGAGCUGAUGCUGUAUGCCAUCUCAUUUCCUAAUGCCUGUCUCCUCAUCAUGUCCCGUCACUUAUGAUAUUUAACUGUAGCCCCCUGCUCUACACAGAGAGGGCGCCAUUGAACUGCUUACCCUGUCACUACAAGAUGACGCUAAAGAGUUGGACCUCAAACUGCGCUUUAUAUUCAGGGAGGACUCUCUCUCCUCUCGGGCUUACUGUAAUAAUUGGGAUACUGUGCUUCUCCUGAAUGUGGAGAUCUGGCCAUACCUCUGCUUGUUAUGUCUGUCUGCUCUUUCAGAGGACGCUCUCUCCUCUGAUACUCAAAUGAAAGAAGGAUGACAUCCUCCUGCCAGUUAUCAAGGACAGCUUUCUCCCCCUCCUGAACCAGUGCCUCUGAGCGUUCUUCUUCUCUCAACCAAACAAAACCUGACUCUGUGAUCUUACUGUUUUUGUUUGCUUCUUUUUUUUAUUUUUAAGAAAGAUUUUUAACCCUUAGUUUAGAUUCCUUGAUGAAAACCAUUAAAUUAUGUAAGUCUUUUUUCCUUUCUUUUUUUAAUUGAUUCUAACGUGGACAUUUUAAUGUGAUCGUCGAUGUUUUCAUUUUGUUCACAUUACAACUGAGUUGUUUUCGUGUCCUGUGGAAACAUGUAACGCAGCGCACACAAGAAUGUCCCCCUAGCUGCACUUUCAGCAUAAAUAACUCAAGACCAAUAAAACUUCAUCGCUCUUGCUA